AUGGGUAUAUUGCAAGGACUUCUAGAUAUUUUAAGACUUGGCGAACGAGAUUCUUCUAAUAUUGGUAAGCAAAAAUUCCUUUCAGCUUCUUUUAUAGGUGGACCUAGAGAUAUGCGACAACGAUAUAUGGAUGCUAUUGCAUUAGUACAACGUUUUGGUAAACCAGAUUUGUUUAUAACUAUGACUUGUAAUCCGACCUGGCCGGAAAUAAAAGAACAUUUGUGGACAACUGAUGAGGCGCAAAAUAGACCUGAUUUAAUUAGUCGAGUAUUCAGGGCUAAAGUUGAAGAACUGAAAACUGAUAUAAGCAAGAGAAAUAUCUUUGGAAAAGUUGCUGCUUAUAUGUAUACUGUUGAAUUCCAAAAACGAGGUUUACCACAUGCUCAUUUCCUUAUAAUAUUAGCUAAUGAAUAUAAGUUAUUGACAUCGGAGGCUUAUGAUGGAAUUAUUAGUGCUGAACUACCAGAUGCUAAUUUGGAUAAAAAAUUACGUUCGCUUGUACUUAAACAUAUGAUGCACGGUCCAUGCGGUAAUCUGAAUCCAACAAAUUCCCGUAUGAAAAAAAAUGGUCUUUGCAAGUUUAAUUAUCCAAAAAAUUUUGCUGAACAUACAUCAAAAGGAAGUGAUUCUUAUCCCAUCUAUAAAAGACGAAACACAGGAGAGGUUGUGAAAGUACGGGAGCAAUAUUUAGAUAACUCUUGGGACAUGACAAAAUUGCAUUACGUACAUGAUAAUGAUACAAACAAAGAAAUAGAUGAAAUAAAGGAGUAUCAAUCUGCUAGAUGGGUAUCACCACCUGAAACUGCUUGGAGUUUAUUUGGUUUCUCUAUUAGUGAGAUGUAUCCAAGCGUUUAUUACCUUCAGCUACAUCUUAAAGGGCAGCAACUUGUUUCUUUUAAAGAAGCAAAGGAGGUAUUCUUUGAAAGAGCCAUCACGGUUAGUGAAGAGGAUAUACUGUUACACAAAAAAUUGAACGCAAAACAAUUGCAAGCAUACAAUGUGAUUAUUGACCGAGUAUUUUCCAAGAAACCAGGAGCUUUUUUUAUUGAUGGUCCAGGGGGAACUGGAAAAACUUUCUUAUAUCGUGCCUUAUUAGCGACCGUACGUAGUAAAGGAUAUAUAGCUCUAGCAACUGCUACUUCUAGCGUUGCUGCUUCAAUUCUUCCAGGUGGGCGAACUGUACAUUCACGUUUUAAAAUACCUAUAGACAUUGAUGAAAAUUUCAGCUGUAAUAUCAGCAAACAAAGCUCAACUGCAGGUCUGAUUCGUGAUGCCAAAUUAAUUGUAUGGGAUGAAGUGUCUAUGGCUAAAAAAAGAAUGCUUGAUGUAUUUGACUUGCUCUUAAAAGAUCUUAUGGAUACAAAUAUGCUAUUUGGGGGAAAAGUCGUCGUUUUUGGAGGUGACUUUAGACAAACUCUUCCAGUUGUUCGAAACGGGAAAAAAGAAGAUUUCAUUAGUGAAAGUUUACUAUAUUCUACCAUUUGGGACGAACUUGAAAAAUUGCAACUAUCUGAGAAUAUGAGGCAAAAACAGAUCCUGCUUUUUGUGAUUACUUGA